AUGGCCGCGCUGCGCUUCGGGGAGCCCCCGGCCGAGCCGCCCCCCUUCCCCGCAGGCAGGUGGCCGGGGGGCAGCGGGCCCGGCUCGGCCUCGCCCGCCCUGAGGGCGCUUCCCCCGGCGGAGCCGUCAGAGGGUGCACCGGCGGCCUCGCAGCGUCGGAAGCGGACCAGCUUCACGGCGGCGCAGCUGGAGACGCUGGAGCUGGUGUUCCAGGACACCAUGUACCCCGACAUCUACCUCCGGGAGAAGCUGGCGGACGCCACGCAGAUCCCCGAGUCCCGCAUCCAGGUCUGGUUCCAGAACCGGCGAGCCAAGUCCCGCCGUCAGCGGGGCCCACCCCGGCCUGGCCCCAGCCCCGCUGCCUCCGAGCCGCCGUCGGGCUUCCCUCGGCCGCGGCCCUUCGCCGCCCUGCGCGGCCCGGAGCGGCCCCGCUGCGCGCUGCCCGGCGCAGCACAGCUCCUCCCGCUCAAGGAGGAGGGAUCGGCACCCUACGAGUGGCCGCCGGCCGCCGCCUUCCCUCCCGGCCCCGGCUUCGACGGCUUCCAGCCCGGAGGGGCCGAGGCCGCCUCCUUCGCGGGGUCGCCGGCGGCCGGGCCCUACCCGUCGGGCCGUGCCUUCUGCGGGCAGUACUCGCCCGUGUCGGACGCAGAAGACACCAGCGGCUACUCGGAGUCGGGCUCGGAGUGGGAGGAGAACGCGCUCGGAGCCUUCCGAGCUCUCUGAGCGCCCGGGUCGGGGGUUAAAGCUACACCCCCGGGCUUGAGAUGAAGCUCUCCCCCGCCAGACCCGGUCCUGGGGUGCGCUGCUGGAGCGGGGAGCGGGCACCCACCGCGCUACCUCACCCUGCCCUGCGACUGUGCACUUUAUCCGGUGGUAACUGAUUUCACCUAUUUAUUUAAGAGAUACGGGUCAGGGCCGUCAGCUGAGGGCAUCUUUUUACACUGUAUUUAAAGAUUUCUGCUAGCACGUUUUGUAUUUCUAUUUUAUCUUUAGUCAAACAAGC